CCCUCCCAUUAUCUGAUCCUAUGGGUCCCCAUCCCUCAUUAUGGGAUCUAUGGGUCCCAUCCCUCAUUAUAUGACCCUAUGGGUCUCCAUCCUUCACUAUGGGAUCUAUGGGUCCCCGUCCCUCAUUAUCUGAUCCUAUGGGUCCCCAUCCCUCACUAUGGGAUCUAUGGGUCCCCAUCCCUCACUAUGGGAUCUAUGGGUCCCAUCCCUCAUUAUGGGAUCUAUGGGUCCCCAUCCCUCACUAUGGGAUCUACGGGUCCCCGUCCCUCAUUAUGGGAUCCUAUGGGUCACCAUCUCUCAUUGUACCAUAGGGCUCCAGCCGAUGGGACUCUCCGCCCGGCUCUGCUCCAUGUGGGGCACUGAGGUUGGGCCCAGCCCCACACAUCGCCCCCCAUCUCCCCCCAUCCAUCCCCUCUCCAGGCUCCUCCCAGCGAUGCCUCAAGCUUCGGAACCUCGUUUGGGCCGCCCCCGAGACCCCGCGGUGCUGAGCGCUCAACCCAAAGCCUCGUCCAGGUUAUCGGGCCGCGCUCUGAGCCAGGAGCGCCAUUCCUUCACCCCGCCCCAUGGCAGCUUCUCCCCAGCCCCCAAACUUCGCCUCCUGCCCCCCAGACCCGGAACGUUGGAAGAACGGGGCAAGAAACCGGACCCGGAAAGGGGUCGAACGGCCAAAAGGGGCUCAACGUGUCGCAGGGGACCUUUAAAAGCCGACCACGGGCUGCGGGUGCCGGGAUCCCCACAGCCGGUACCGGCACCGGGGGGAGCUUCGUUCUCGUUCCCCAUCGGAACCGAAGGGAGGAGGAGCAACUUGAGCCGCUCCAAGUCCGUCAGCAUCGGGGACCUGAGCGGGGAGGACGUGGCCGCUGCCCUGAGCCGACUGGCGCUAAGGGAUGGGGGGCAGCCCAUAAGGGAUGGGGGGCAGCCAGUGAGUGUGGGGGCCUUGGCCCUUAAACGGAGCUCGUCCCUACGGAGGGUCAACGUGGGACUCGGGUUGGACGGGAAGGGCUCGGCCCCAUUGCUGUCCGUGCGCCAUGACGGCUGUGCCAGGACUCGAGGCCCCCCCGAGCCCAGCUAUGGACCCGAGCGACCCACGUGUGCCGUCCCGCAGUGCUUUAUGAACGCGGUGCUGCAGUGUCUGAGCAGCACCAAACCCUUACGGGAUUUCUGCCUAAGGAAGGAUUUCCUGCACGAGCAGCCGCCGGGAUCCCGAACCCCACAGGAGCUCACGGAAGCCUUUGCUGAUGUCAUUGCUGCCCUAUGGCACCCCGACUCCACCGAGGCCGUCAACCCCGGGCGCUUUAAGGCCAUAUUCCAGAAGUACGUCCCUUCUUUCAAUGGAUACAGCCAGCAGGACGCCCAGGAGUUCCUCAAGUUCUUUAUGGACCGACUCCACGCUGAGAUCAACAGGAAGGGCCGCAGGACCCCCAGCAUCUUGGCGGACACACGGCGGGACCCCCACCCCGAGGACACCCACAGCAUGAGCGAUGACGAACGCGCCAACCUGAUGUGGAAGCGCUACCUGGAGCGGGAGGACAGCAAGAUCGUGGAUCUGUUUGUGGGGCAGCUGAAGAGCUGCUUGAAGUGCCAGGCGUGCGGUUACCGCUCCACCACCUUCGAGGUGUUCUGCGACCUGUCCCUGCCCAUCCCCAAGCGGAGUUUGGCCGGUGGGAAGGGGUUUGUCCCCUUGCUCCGAUCGUGCUUCAGCCUGGUCACCAAGGAGGAGGAGCCUUGGAUCUCGGAAGAACGCCCGAUCUGCGACCAAUCUGAGUGCCAGCAGCGCUACGGCGGGUUCUCCGGACACCAAGAAGGAUCCUGCAUCGAUCGCAGCGCUUUCCCCGCGGUUCCUCGUGCUGGCUGUCUGGUUCCCUAUGGGGUGGUUACAGGUCCCUUAACAUCAGGUGCCAUCUCAGACCUGAACCGAUUCUCCACCACUCGUUACUCCAUUAAGAAAUGCUCCGUGCUGGUGGAUUUCCCAUUGCAGCAGCUCAACCUGAGGGAGUUCGCCAGCGAGAAGGCAGGCAGCCCCGUGUACAGCCUGUACGCGCUGUGCAACCACUCGGGCAGUGUCCACUACGGCCAUUACCCGCUAAACUGGUGCCGCGACGCGGCCGGAUGGAGGCUGUACAAUGACUCACGGUACGUGAGACCCCCCCCUUUAAAUGAUGAGAUCAAAAAAAACCCCCCCCUUAAAUGA